AUGACGGAGCGUUGGCUAUGGGAUGAGGUGAAGCGGGAGUGUUCUCGCGACGAGCUCUGCGCUGCAGUUGUGGAUUGCCAGGUGAAUGUAGAAGCCUUGGUUCUCCGCCUCUCCGAUAUCACAAGACCACAAUUGAGGAUGUUGGAAAUCUUUCCUGACGUUGGUCCGGAGCGGGAAG